AUUGGGGAGGGGAAUCUUGUCGACACGUUUGUAGCAAUGGUCUAGGUCGUAUUACGCCCUAAUCUUUCUUUCUUUGCAUUGGCGCUUGGUUUUUCCUCUAGAACUAGGCGAGAGCGCGGGCGAAAUAUUUCGCCAUGGAUGCCGAUUCGUGGAGUUGCGCAAUGAAUGGGGGCGGCAGGAAAGAUCCCCCGGGCGCUGCCGAUGCGUCGCUCGUUUCGCUCCAGGAUCUGAGGUCCAAGUUACAGGAGUUUGCGCGCGUCCGCGAUUGGGAUCAGUUCCACAGCCCCCGCAAUCUCCUGCUCGCGCUGGUUGGCGAGGUGGGUGAGUUGUCCGAGAUCUUUCAAUGGAAAGGCGAAGUCCAGCGGGGGCUCCCGGACUGGAACGAGGCCGAGAAGGAGCACCUCGGGGAAGAGUUGUCGGAUGUGCUGCUCUACUUGGUCCGGCUGGCCGAUGUGUGUGGAGUGGACCUCGGCCAGGCGGCACUCAGCAAGCUCAAGAAGAACGCGGUCAAGUACCCGGUCGAGAAAUGCAAGUCCCAGAGCACAAACGCGCAAUGAAAAGGGGAGACACACACACACACACACACACAACACUCAACAGGAAGAUAUUUUUUGCAGCGUCAGAAAUCUUGGGGGAUCCAUGCCGCGGACUUAUAAGGCAGGAUCCAGGCGCUCGUGCAGACAUGCCACUCAGACGUGUUUGAAAGUAAUCGCACCGGCAAGGGUCCCAUUUCUUCCCCCUUAGUGGUUCCUUUUCUUUGGAUACUGCUUUCCAUCCUGGCUUUCUACUUUAGCACUGAGACAAAGUCAGCCCAAGCCAGCUUUGUCUUUCCUCUGUACCUUUGUAUACCAAAGAAAAGUCUGAUUUGACCUACAAAUCAGUCAGUGCUAAACACCUUUCAAACAAGGGGCACUCCGAGAA